UUUGCAAACUUGCCACGGCGUCUCUCCCAGCAAUUUGGCGCUCGAAAGAUCGCUGUUCGAUUUCAAGCUCUUCUGCAAUCGCUUCGCCUGGCCUCGCCUCCCCUCCGAUCGGAAAACCUCCCGCCCCGAAAAUGUCCGACCCGAUUCUCCUCUCCGACGAGGAAGACGACCGCAUCGUGCUCUGCACCCCCACUCCGGUCCCCUCCCGGAAGCACCGCCGCGUAGGGGCCGGGGCCGGCGCCUGGCCGGAGCCGACGGUCCUGGUCGUGGACGACGACCCGACGCCGCGGAAGCCGGGCCCCGCCUCCGCCUCCACGCCCUCGUUCGUGGCCGAGACUCCGAUGUCGGACGUCGCCGUCGUGAAGUGCGCCGCGAGGGCGGGCUCUUCCGCGGGCGACCAGGCUAGGGCUCCCGAGGCUCCUCCGGAACGCGCCGGUAUGAGCAGGCUCAUUUUUCUGGAAUCUGAUAAUGAGUCUGAUGGCUUUCUCGGAAGUGGGCUAUGGAAGGGAAAUGGGACCAGUUUCGCUUCUCAUGCAGUAAAAGAUUUUGGACAUGGCAUAAAUUUUGUAGAUUCCACAGAUUCUGAUGGGAAUGAUGAUCUAAUUCAAACAUCUGAAGGUGGUGCAUGUCCAGCACAAUUGCCAUGUGAUGUGUACACUUACCAGGUACAUGAUUCUCCCGACAAAGAAAAUUUUGGCAUAGAGCAGGUGGACGAUGAGCCAAAACACCCGACUGGAAGUAAAUCAUAUGCUGAGGAGAAAGAUAGUGCCCAGCAGAUGGAUUGGAAGUCAAAUUGUCAAAGCAAAGCAAAACAAAAUGCUCAGAAGAAGGAUGAUACAAAUAAAGCAAAAAAGAAGAAGACUGACGAGGAGAAGAUUAGGAUGAAGGAAGAGAAGAAACGGAAGAAAGAGGAAGCCAAAUUGCAACAAGCCAUCAUGAAGGCUGAAGCUGCAGAGUUGAAGAAGUUGCACAAAGAGAAGCAAAAAUGGGAGAAGGGGAAAUUUGCAUUGAAGUCCAUUGUAGCAGAAAUAGAUGCAAAAGUGGUUGAAAUGGGUUCGAUUGGAGGACAUCUUCUUUCUAGGUUUACUGAUAAAGGACUUACGUUCCGCGUAAAGGCGAAUCCAAUUGAAAGAUCAAUCUUGUGGACCAUGACAGCUCCAGAACAUUUAUCACAGCUUUGUCCCAAAGAAACUGUUAUUUCAUACAUAAUACUUGUAUAUGAGGCAGAAGAAUUCUGCAAUCUCGUUUCAAGUGGGUCCCUUGUUGAUCAUUUAAAUGGAAUCCGUAGUCUUUAUCCAUCUCAUACAGUGUGCUACCUCACGAAUAGGUUGAUGGCAUACAUUAACAAAAGGGAGCAGCAACAGUACAAGAACCCAGCCAGUAAUGGUUGGCAACGACCACCAGUCGAGGAGGCAUUAGCCAGACUGACAACACAUUUUGCUAAGGUGCACUCAAGGCAAUGCAUAGAUGAACCUGAAGUAGCUGAGCACAUUGUUGGUCUAACAUGCAGUCUAGCCUCCUGCCAAUACAGAAAGAAGUUAACACGGCUUUCUGUUAAUGCCAAUGGAUCCAUCAUUCCUAAGGGUUCUCUUGACAGGAGCUUAAUUAAAAAUAACUGCUGGUUGAAAGCGUUGAUGGCUGUUCCAAAGGUGCAGCCACGAUUUGCUGUGGCUAUAUGGAAGAAGUAUCCAACCAUGAGAUCUCUUUUGAAUGUCUACAUGGAUCCAGACAAAACUCGAACAAUUUCUCAGGAGUGAAAGUAGUGGACAAGAGGAUUCUUGAAGAUGACCCUGUCCAUGUGAACUGAAUUGCCAGAAAGAAACAAAUAUCUCCAUUGAAGGAUUGGAAGGAGUGUUCAGAUUGGGCUGACCAUGAACUUCUUCCUAUGUUUUCCAGAACGUUGCAUCCUGCAUAUUAUGCUUACAAUUUGUUUUUAUGCAUCAUUUCUUCAUGUAGGACUUCUUUCUAGUCUCAUUUGACUCUGGAAAUCCUUUUCUCUAGACUUUAUCCAAAGAGACCAGAAAUACAUGACAUAAGUUUUGAAUCUUUUUUGUUUUUUUGCCGCAGGAUAAUUUUCUUACUAGGACAAUGAAGUUCUUUUUAAAAGUUAAAUUUACAUGAGGAAUGAAAGGAAGGAAGGCCUUUUAAUUUGUUUUUAUGUUACCAAGUGUUGAAGGAGAAGCUGAGGAGCAAAAGUGGCUAGCAUUCUCUUUAAUGUGGUCUAGUGGAGAGUAGUAGGAAAGUUUAUUUAAAAUUUAGUUAAAAUGACCUAAAAACAGAUGCUCUGACUCCAUUACAUUCUAUAAAGAUUUUGUUACUCGUGGUCUCCAGGAAUAAUGAGUCUCCUACUUGUCUCUACUGCUCUUCACUUUUGGCUAUUUUAAUAGCGAAUGUGAUUUGUCUUUGACUUGGUUCUUGACCAAUGAAGCUUACUGAUUUUGUGCUUAAAUGCUUUUACAUCUCUGAUCGCAGGUACAUGAAAAGGAAUUUCACCUUAAGGACUUGACAACUGAAGGAUUACUCGGUGAAGACAGAAGAUUAGGCGAGGUGUGUUCUAAAAGAGUGUACAGAAUACUCAUGGCUCAAAGUAGCAGCAUAAGGACUGAGGAUGUGGAG